UCCUCACCAUCUCACUACUAUAUAUCUCAACACUUCAUCUGAACUAAACCAUAUUCAGGUUUCUUCAGAAAAAAAAAAUGGCAUACUCCUUUCACUCCCUAGCUUUCUUCUGCUCAAGCAUUCUAAUAUUCAAGCUUAUCAGUCUUCACCAGUCAGCCUUGGCUUGGAGUUGUGGACCUGAUGUUCGUCCUACACAGGGCUUUGUCUCCCUCCCUUUCAACCGAUCCUACUACCAUAUUCAGAAACCUUAUGAUGUGCCUGAAGACCAGCGCUACUGCUUCAUCGAUGGAGUUCAUAAAUGUUGGGUCUACUCCACAGACAAACCUCACACUACCACCAGCCAAACCCUGCCUCGCACUGAAAUUGCUAUACAAGGAUACGGUUACUCUUCUGGGGUGUGGGAAUUUGAAGCAUAUGCGUAUGUGCCAAAUGGAACAUCAGGGGUCUGCAUAAUGCAAGUGUUUGGAGCAACUGCUCCUCAUGCCUCAACUCUGAUGUUGAGGGUCUACAAUGGUUCACUCACCUACUACAGGGCUCCAGUACUGGUUCCAAACAUCUACGAUAAAUGGUUCAAGAUCAAUGUGGUUCACGACGUUGAUGCUGCGAAAGUCAGAGUCUUCAUUGACGGCUGUCUCAAAAUCGAAGCAGAUGGUCGUGGAGGAACGUCUCACGCUUUCAAAUGUGGAGUGUAUGCCCAGAUGAAUGACUCUACUUACAUGGAGUCUCGCUGGAAAGACAUCAAAGUUUUAAGGAAGCGUUGACCUUGAUUUUCAUUAUAAGCUUGUUAGUUAAUUUGUUUGUCAUAAGAGAAAAACAAAAUUGUUCAUUGUUAUUGUAUCUUUGUGAUUUGAGUUAAAUCUUUGUGAUUAAUUGGAAU